AUGUAUAUGGUUAAGACUAGGGCAACCGUUCGGAUGAACAUGUUCCUCUUUUCACCGGUAAGAAUGGCCUUAAAGUCAGAGUCAAUGGAUGGCACGCUAUCGGGAAGUGUGACCCGGAAUCUAGGUCCAAUUCCAGUCCACCCACAAUGGCCAGCAAAUCCCACGAGGUUUGAGUUGUAUCCUGUAACUAUAAAUAAAGUCUCCUUUCCCUUGUGGACAAUAUCAACGUCGGUCACCUCUCCGUGUCCUAAAUAUAAUCUCACCAGUCCUAUGGAAAUGGAUAACGCUUUACAUACUGGUUUCACAGUUUGUCACAAACAAGUGGUCAAAGCGGGCAUUCAAUACACUGAUUGCGGUCAUGGAGAGAUAACCAGCCUCCAAAUUAGUGGCUGUACUGCUAGUCCAUGCCUAUUUACUAGGGGUACCGAUGUAACCAUUAAUAUCGCUUAUACAGCAAAUCAGAAUUCAACUACGGCCAUUUGGUACCUUCAUGCCAUAGUCGGUGUCCUAGACCUUGAUCUGGCCGAUUUAAUACCAGGGUUUGAUUCAAACGGUUGUCACGACACUCCCUGUCCCGUAACAAUUGGACAAAACAAACAAUUCACUUACAAACUGAACAUACCAUCUACUUUCCCAGCACCAUUGCAAGCUACACUCAAAGCACGACUUAUUGUGAAAUAA